AUGGCGUCGGGAACUUCCCCACCACCCGAUGCGGAGCGGCGAGCGGGGUCGUCGGAUCGGAAGCGCGAUCGGGAUCGGUCUCGAGAGAGGAGCUCGUCGCGCCCCAGGGACGACCGAGGCGGCCGAGGCGACGACCGCGACCGUCGCCGCAGCGAUUCGCACGACCGUCGCCACGAGGAGCGCGGCAGGGAUCGCGAUCGGGACAGAGACAGAGAGAGGGACAGAGAUAGGGAGAGGGACAGGGAUAGAGAUAGAGACCGGGAGAGGGAAAGGGAUCGGGAGCGCGAGAGGGAGCGCGAGCGCGACUACAAGAGGCGGCGGAGCGCGAGUCCGCGGCGGCCCUCGCCGCGAUACGGCUCCCCGGGGAAAAGUGGCACCCUUCGCACCGAGCGAGUGUGGCAACGCGGCGCUGCUGGUGGUGGUGCCGGUGGCGGCGACUCGUCUGCUGGAGGCAAGUCGAUUCCUCUGAGGCAUUCCCAUUGCCCUCCUCCCUUGCAUCUUCUCCGCUCUCCCCUCACUUCCUCGCAUGUCCCCUCACUGCCGCGCAUUUUCUUCAAUUCCACGCGUCUCCCUUCACUUCCGCGCGCGCAUCGCGCAUCUCCUUUCACUUCCGCGCAUCUCCCCUCACUGCCGCGCAUCUCCCCUCACUGCCGCGCAUCUCCCCUCACUGCCGCGCAUCUCCCCUCACUGCCGCGCAUCUCCCCGCGCUGCUGCGCAUGUGUGGACUGGAAACACAUGCGCGUCCCCUUUCACGCGUGUCCUGCGCCACGCUCAUCUGCUUCUGCCUGCAAUCAUCGUCGCCGCCUUCAGUCGCUCGCGUCCUCCCGUGCUCACCCUUUUCGCCGCCUCUUCUCUCGCUUCGUCUCCCGCCCUGCCCGCGCCACCGCAGGCACCCCUACGAUGCGCCGCGCGCCAUGCCGCCGUUCGCCCCCGACGAUCCCUAUGCUCGCCUGCCCGGCCCUCCGGGGCCACCGCCGGGUACGUAGUCAUACGGGAAUGGAGGUACGGGAGUGGAGGUACGGGAGUGAAGGUACGGGAGUGGAGGUACGGGAGUGGAGGUACGGGAGUGGAGGUACGGGAGUGGAGGUACGGGAGUGGAGGUACGGGAGUGGAGGUACGGGAGUGGAGGUACGGGAGUGGAGGUACGGGAGUGGAGGUAUGGGAGUGGAGGUACGGGAGUGGAGGUACGGGAGUGGAGGUACGGGAGUGGAGGUACGGGAAUGGAGGUACGGGAGUGGAGGUACGGGAGUGGAGGUACGGGAGUGGAGGUACGGGAAUGGAGGUACGGGAGUGGAGAUACGGGAGUGGAAGUUCGGCAUUGGAGGUGUGGCAUUGGGGUUAUUGAAUUGGAGGUAUGUUCCACCCGCCCGCCCCACCACCCGCCCCAUCCCCUGCCAUACCCCCUGCCUGGAACUCCGUCGCCCCCCGUUCCCCGCUCACUUGCCCCCCUCCCGUCCCCUCGUCGCCCCUCUGCUCGCCACUGCCCCACCAGGCGCGGAUCGCUACAGGCGGCCGUCAGCCUAUGACAUGCUGCCAGGUGGCGGCGGUCCCCCGCCUCCGCCUAUGUACCCGCCGCACUACCCGCCCGGCGACGGGCCUCCCCGCAGUGCACCCCACGCUGUCCUGGCAGGCAUAGCUGCCUUGGUUCAUCCGCACAUGGCGGCAACGUCCCAUCACUGCCCUCCAUGCUCCGCACUCGCCAUCAGUGCAUCACCACCCACUCCCCGUUGCGUCGCUGCUCCCUGCUCUGCUCUGCCCUCCCCUCCCGUUGCCCCGUGCUCUCACGGCCACCUCUCCCCACUCAUCGCCAUGCCCCUCAGGCCACCGCCAGCUGACGGGCCGCUGACCUACAAGCAGUUCAUUGCUGACCUGGAUGAUGACGUGUCACCUGCUGACGCCGAGAAGAGGUAUCUGGACUACAAGACAAAGUUCGUCGCGGCACAGAAAAAGGCCUUCUUUCACGACCACAGGAACGACGAGUGGCUACGAGCGCUCUACGACCCGGCUCGCCUUGAGAGCCUGGUGGACAGCUGGAGAGCAAGCAGUUGCUUGAAAGCCUGCAGCGCGGUGAUGCCGACCUGUCAGUGCCGCAUCCCCUCACUCACUGCCUCAUCACUUCUCUCCUCUCUCCCUCGCACACCUUUUCACGCCCUCUUGCUCUCCCUCUUUCCCUGCUCCUCAUGCCUUUCCUUCUCGUUGCACUCCUCCCUCCCGCCCGCCCUCAAUGCGCCACUUCCUUCUCGCCUCGUUUCUCCCGUCUCAUGCCGUCACCUCACCCCACCCCAUGCCCUGCCUUCCCUCUCCACCCCAUGCCCUGCCUUCCCUCUCCACCCCUCACCUUCUCCAUCCCCGCCUCCAAACCACUCCUCUCCGCCACCCACCAGCGGCCCCUAUGCGGAUCCACGUGACCCGCUAGCAGCCACGGACGCGCGGCGCCGCAGCGCCUCCUUCCGCCCGUCGCUGGCGCACGACGCUGCCACGGCCACCGCCUCUGCGCCACGCAUCCCGGCGGGGGCGGGGCAGGCGGCGCGCGUGGCACACGACCUGGAGAGGGCGCGGGCGCUGGUGGGCAAGCUGGACGCGGAGAAGGGGCUGUGGGGCGCGCAGGGGGGCGCGGAGGGGGGCAACUUCCUGGUGGGGGAGAACCAGGCGGGCGCGGAGGACGAGGUGGUGAAGAUCCGCGUGCCCGCAGGGGAGGGCGGGGGGGAGGCGCGGUGGCUGGCGGGCGUGGCGCUGCUGGACGCGGUACUGACGUACCUGUGGCGCGUGCACGGGGCCGACUACUACGGCGGCACGGAGCUGCGCGGGCUGCCCAAGGGGCUGAGGCACGUGCGCGCGGAUGAGGGCGGGGAGGGCAAGGGGGAGGGCGCAGGGGGAGGGGAAGCUGGGGAGGGGUUCGAAGCUUGGGCGCGGCGGGUGGAUGAGAAGUGGAGGGUGCGCGUGGGGGCGGAGGGCGAGGACCCGGUGGUGGCGCUGGUGGGCAAGGCGCGUGUGGAGGCGCGCAUGGGGGGCGCGAUGGAGGGCAUGGUUCGGAAGAUCAAGGACGACAAGUACGGGUGGAAGUACGGCUGCUCCGCGCCCGGGUGCUCGAAGCUGUUCCACGGGCCUGAGUUCGUGAUCAAGCACCUCAAGCUCAAGCACCCCGAGCAGGUGGCGGAGCAGACGAACCGAGUCAAGGAGGAGGUGUAUGAGGAGAACUACAUGCGCGACCCCAACGCCCCUGUCAGGGGAAGGGAGGACAGGGAGAGAGACAGAGAGAGGGAGAGGGAGCGGGAGAGGGGAGGGCACGGGCACUCGCCGGUGCCCAUGUCGGCCCGUCUGGGUGCGCGACUGCCCCCCCCGCCCGACCCCUUUGCUUUCCCCCCCGACCGCUUCGACCGCCCCCCGCCCUUUGACCGCCCUGCUGGCGGCCCCCCUCCCCCCAUGGGCGCUCUCCCCCCUGACGCUGGGGAGCCCUUUCCAGGGGAGCGGGGCGGGCGGUACGAGGGGGAUGUGUUUGACCGUCGCGGGGGCAGGGGGCGGGGGGGCGAGGGGGAGAGGUAUGAGAGGAGGGGGCGGGAGGAGGGGCCGGAGGGGAUGGAGAGGUUUGAAGGGGGCGGGGGAGGGGAGUUCAUGGGGCCGGGGGGAGGCGGGGGGAUGUUUGAGGAGAGGGGGCCGCCCAUGGACGGACCCCCCCCGCCCAUGCUCAUGGCCGGCCCGGGCGGGCCUCUGGACGGGCCGCCCGUGUUUGACGUCUUUGACGGCCCGCCGCCCCCGCUGCCGCCCUUUGGGCCGCCCAUGCCGCCGCACAUGGGACAAGUCCCGCCGGGCGGCCCAGGAGGGCCGUUUGGUGGGCCGCUGCCACCCGUGCUCAUCCCUGUGCCCGGUGCUGGCCCCCUAGGCCCGUUCCUGCCGGCCCCGCCAGACCUGGCGGCGCGCAUACUGAGGGACCCCUCCUUCCGCCCACCGCCGUCACUCUUUGAUGGCUUCGACGGCCCACCGCCCCUGCCGCUCUUCGACGGGCCGCCCCUGGACCUGCCCCCUGAUGCGCCCCUCCCCCCCACCUCUGCGCCCGGCCCUGCUCCUGGCGGCGAGGAGGGGCGCUCCCCACCUCCCUCGUCAGGGGGCGGGGGAGGGGCACGCGGGGAGGCAGCACGGGGGAGAGCAGGGGCAGGAGGGAGGGACGGGGGAGGGGGGAGGGCAAGAGGGGGACGGGAGGGCCCGUAUGGCAGUCCGGGGAGGUUUGGGGGGAUGGGCAUGGGGAUGCGAGGCAUGGGCAUGGGCAUGGGCGGGAUGGGGAUGGGCAUGGGCAUGGGGCCGAUGGGAAUGAUGCCCAUGAUGGGCGGGCCGCCUCAUGACCCCCGCGGCAUGCGCAGCUAUCGCGACUUGGAUGCACCGGAUGACGAGGUCACUGUCAUCGAUUACCGCAGCCUCUGA